AUGUUAGCUUGUGGUUUGUUUGAUGCUGGCAAUGUUACCUCUGAAGACAUUGUGUAUACUGCUUUGCCACUCUAUCAUAGCUCUGCUCUCCUCAUUGGAGUCCAUAGAUGUAUCAUCACAGGUGUGACCAUCAUUUUGUGUGCCAGAUUUUCAGCAAGCCAAUUCUGGGAUGAUUGCAGAAAAUACAAUGUGACAGUAAUAUAGUAUAUUGGAGAAGUGCUUCAGUAUCUAUGCAGUGUGCCACAGAGAAAAAAUGAUCAGGAUCACAAAGUCAGCCUUGCAAUAGGAAAUGGAAUAACGGCUGACGUUUGGAGGGAAUUUGUACGAAGAUUUUGAAAUAUUAAUAUUUUGGAAUUUUAUGCAUCAACUGAAGGAAAUAUUUCUUUUGUUAAUUACACUGGAAAAAUAGGUGCAGUGGGAAGAGUAAACUGCCUGCAGAAGAAAAUCUUGCGCUAUGAACUGAUUAAAUAUGACACAGAGAAAGAGGAACCAGUCUGAGAUGAAAAUGGAUACUGCAUAAAAGUGCCCAAAGGUAAAGCUAGACUACUGAUCUGCAAAAUCACCCAAUAUGCACCAUUUAGUGGCUAUGCAGGAGCAACAGCAGAGAAGAAGCAAUUAAGAUAUGUCUUUCAAAAAAGGGAUUUAUAUGUUAAUAUCGACAAUCUUUUAGUGAUCAAUAAUGAUAACUUCAUUUAUUUCCAUGGUUGAAUUGGAGACACAUUCCAGUGGAAAGGGGAAAAUGUUUCUACAACUGAAGUUGAAGAUGUUUUAGGACUAAUUGACUGUGUUCAGAAGUCAUUCACUUAUGGCAUUAUUCCUUCUGGUUAUGAAGGCAGAACAGGAAUGGCAUGUACUCGACUGAAGGAAAAUGAAUUUAAUGGAGAAAGUACUUACAGACAUGUUAAAACUCACCUUCCAAAAUAUGCAAGACCUCGUUUUAUAAGGAUUAAGAUAAACCAUGCCAUUGAAUUUACAGCAACUUUUAAGUACCGUAAAGUACACCUAAUGGAGGAGAGUCUCAAUCCAGCAGUAAUUAAAGAUCGCCUGUGUUUCCUAGAUGACAGAGAAAACCUGUAUGUACCAAUGACCCGGGCCAUUUAUAACUCAGUAAAAAACCAUAAUCUCAAAUUGUGA